ACGGCACCGCCGACCCGCGGCUUGGGCCUGCAGCCUCCCGCCUCGGCCUCGUCCCGCGCGUCUGCGCGGAGGUGAUCGAGGCGACGCAGGCGCGGCGCGGCGUGGGCGUUGACGCGGCGCUGCGCGUGGCGUACGUGGAGGUGUACGGGAACGAGGUGACAGACUUGCUGCGGUCGGGCGCCUCCAUCGGCGCCACCGACGGCGGCGCCGACAACCACUUCCACGCUCACCGGUGGGUGCUCGAGGGGCGGGCGGACGUGCCCGUCGACUCGGUGGAGGCCGCCCUCGCGCUCAUCUCGCAGGGCGACGCCUGCAAGCGAAAGGCGGCGACGGCGAUGAACGAGCGCUCCUCGCGCGCGCACGCGCUCUUCAUCCUGUCGCUCUCCCAGAGCGCGGGCGGAGUCGAGCGCACGACGCGCCUCUUCCUCGCCGACCUGGGGGGGUCGGAGAAGCUGGGCAAGUCCGGCGCCGCGGACGGCUUCAAGUCGCUCGUCGUAACCUCGGGCGGCGAGGAGGUCUCCCGCAUCUCGUGGGCAGACUACUACCGCCACCGCGCGCGGCUGCAGGAGUCGCUCAACAUCAACGUCGGGCUGUACGCGCUGCAGCGCUGCAUCGAGGGGCUCCGCAGGCGGGACGGGCUGCGCGCGCGAGGCGCCCCGUCUCACGUCCCCUUCGCCGACUCGAGGCUCACCCUCCUCCUCAAGGACGCGCUCUGCGGCGGCGCGCGCACGACCGUCCUCGUGUGCGCCUCUCUCGAGGCCCGCAACGCCGUCGAGUCCAUCCAGUCCCUCCGCUUCGGAGAGGCGUGCGGCCGCGUCGAGAUGCGCAGCCAGGCCGCCGGCGACGGCGCCGCCACGCUCAAGCGGCUGGUGGAGGAGGUGGACGCAGAGAUCGCGGCGUGCCAGGCGACCAUCGAGCGCGACCAGCGCUGGGAGCGGCGCGUGGCGACGCGGUACGACGUCGUCGACGCGAAGGACAACUUCUCUUCGGGCGCGGUGCACGAGGGCGUCGAAGACUACACGGCGGGCGUCAUGGCGGUGCACCUCUCGGCCGACGCCCUCGACAAGGGGGGGCUAAACCGCUUCUCGCUCGCCGAGCUGCGAGCGGCCCUCGAGAAGCUCGGCCGGCCGGCGGACGGCGACAAGCCGACGCUCUUCCGGCGCUUGCGCGAGGCGCUCGCCGCGUCGGCGCAGGCGCAGCCAAGGCAGCAGACCGUGGCGCACGAAGUGGCCUCGUGGGCGCUCGUGGGCGCCGAGGCGGCGGAGGCCGAGCUUGAGGCGCUGCUGGCGCGCAGGCGCGAGCUGCUCGGAGAGGCGUGAGGAGGUAAGGUAAGGAAAGCAGAACAGUCAAA